CUGCCAUGUUUACCAAAGGAAGAGAGAAGCCAAAAUGUUGAAGUAGUCUACAUGCAAAAUAUAAAGCUGUUUUAUAGAACCAUCCAAAGUUAAAUGCCCCAGCUUAGUUUAUUAUGCCACUACAGAUGUAUGCACAGGUGCAAUUUUUAGUCUCGUUUGUAAACCAACCUAAAGUAAGCUAAACUAAGCUAAGCUAAGCUAAGCCAAGCCUCGCUAGCUAAUCAACAUUAGCCAGAGUUAGCAAAUGGUUGGCAAUUAGUUUACAAUUUCGAUAAGGAUGUAUACGCUGCUAUCUGGGUUGUAUAAAUAUAUGUUCCAAAAAGACGAAUACUGUAUCUUGAUCCUUGGACUGGAUAAUGCAGGAAAAACGACCUUUCUGGAGCAGACUAAAACAAAGUUCAGUAAGAACUACAAGGGAAUGAGUUUGUCGAAGAUCACCACGACAGUUGGCCUGAAUAUUGGCACAAUCGAUGUAAGCAAGGCCCGUCUAAUGUUCUGGGAUCUUGGAGGUCAGGAAGAACUUCAGUCAUUGUGGGACAAAUACUAUGCUGAGUCCCAUGGAGUUAUCUAUGUAAUAGAUUCCACAGAUGAGGAGCGUCUAUCACAGUCGAAGGAGGCAUUUGAGAAAAUGAUUAGCAGCGAGACUUUAGAAGGUGUCCCACUCCUUGUACUGGCAAACAAGCAGGAUGUAGAGAACUGUUUGUCUGUGCCGGACAUCAAAACAGCUUUUAGUGACUGUGCUCCAAAGAUCGGAAAGCGAGAUUGUCUGGUGCAGCCUUGUACUGCCCUCACAGGGGAUGGGGUUCAUGAAGGUAUUGAGUGGAUGGUGAAAUGUGUGAUCAGGAACAUCCACCGGCCACCAAGGCAGAAGGAUAUUACUUAAGAAGCGAGCUACAGAAACUGCUCAGAAACACCUGGACUUAACACUCAUUUUGCUCUCCAUGAAGACCUGCAGUAUAAAACCCAAUAGCGCUCCUCUUUCCCUGUGUUUGAGUGACUGCUGUGAAUAUGAGCCAUCAGUUUGGGUUUUUAGUUUACAGACUUAUUACAGAUUGUGUGUGAGAGUAUUUGUAUUAUUAUACAUCAUAUGAGAUGUGUAUUGACUAUACAGUUUUGAAGCAGUGUUGUCUCUUCUGCUCGGUGUAGGGAUGGUUUAUUAUCUGACCCGCCACUAAACCUCUGUUUCUGAGGUUUACUGAUAAGUCGAUUUCUCAUCCUGUCACUGUUUUGUGUAAAACUGACAUUAUUUUUAGUUCUAUCAUUGAUUUACACAAAUACGAUUUGUUUUUUGUUUUUUUCAAACCUGUUUCUUUUUCUCUGUGCAUAAAAUGAAUAUUGACUAACUGGUGAAACCAUCCGUUGUAACUAGUUGUACAGCUGACCGCCCUCAACUCCCAACAACCCAUAGUCUACUUCUCGUAAUGAAAAAAUUGGCCUAACUUAUGGUGGACCAUUUAACAUUUUCACUUAAAUUUUAUAUAUGGAGUGAUGUCAAAUCUCAACAGCAAUGUCCUCUGUCACAGACAAAUAAUACGUCAUUGUAAUAAACCUGGAAUUUUAGAAAAGCAACCUGUCAGUAAUCAUUUAUAGGGAGACUGGGGAUGGUUGUAACACUUUUUGUCUGUUUGUUAUAACGCGCAGUGUUAGAGCUCUCAAAUUUUGACACAAAGAGUGCUACAAAAACGAAUGUUUACAAAACUAUAUCACAGAAUUAAUUAACUGAUGUCAAAUACAAGGAGUUCCAUUGCUACAACCCCCAGUACUGGGUUGUAACACGACAUAUGGUAAGUUGUAAAAAUAAGAAACAAGAAUUAAAAAUUGA